UCAGCAUUCCGCAGACACGUCGCUCUAUAUGCUGUUUUUUUUUCGCAAAUGUAUUAAAAACGUCGUUCGGUGCACGUGCGUGUCAACGAAAGGGACGAAGAAACUAUUUACACAACUAUUGAUUAGCGUUUUGUGGUUUAUUUAUCCCAUUUUCAUCAAUUACAUAAUAUAUUUAUCACUAUCAGAUUUUUUUCAAAUGAUUAUGGAUAAUUCGAUAUUUUUCCACGACGAAAUAUACUAGAGAACUUAUCUGAUAAUACUAUUGCAAUAAAACCACGAUAACCUUUAAAAUAAGAGAUGAAUAAAGAGAUUAAAUUAUUAUAUUUGAUAAAGAGUAAUAUUAUGUAAUAAAGUUCAAUCAUUUGAUAACUGUCGCAAGGGGGUGAAGCUGUUUCUGUAUUAUUGUAGUGAAAAUGAGAAUAAACAAAAAAGAACAGUUUCCGUUUGAAAUUGAGAGGCUAAGUGACGAAGAAAAUAAGGAAGUAACGCGCUGCUAUAAUGGUGGGGUUGUUUGGAAGUUUAUUCGCAUUGGUCCACAAAAAUACUUUUUUCCAAACAUUUAUGAAAAAUUUGCUGAACGCAUUUACAACUUAGAGCUGCGGAAGGACGAUAUUUUCGUUGCUUCAUUCCCUAAAUGUGGUACAACAUGGCUUCAAGAGUUGGUAUGGCUCAUCAAUAAUAACUUAGAUUACGAUAGAGCUAAAACCGUCAUUCUUAAUAAAAGGUUUCCAUUUCUUGAAAUGGAAGGUUUGAAGGGAGCCAUAAACACCGAAACAAAUGAGAUUAUGAUUAAUUAUACGGAGCAGGAUAAGAAAGCACUGAUACCAAUGAAGUUUGAUGAUAUUCUCACAAUGCCAACUACAUCGCCCCGCUUUAUCAAGACUCAUUUGCCUCUGUCACUACUACCUCCGACUUUACUCGACAACAAUAAGAUGGUGUACAUAACCCGUGAACCGAGAGACGUGGUAGUGUCAUUCUACUAUCAUAAUAAGCUGAUGAAGAAUAUGAACGAUGAACCCGACCUCAAAACAUUUUGGAAAUUCUUCAAGAAUUCUCAAGUGAUCUGGUCACCAUUUUUCCAAAGUGUUCAAGAGGCGUGGGAGAAGCGUAAUCAUCCCAACCUGUUGUUUUUAUUCUACGAAGAUCUUCUGAAGGACCUUCGAGGCAAUGUGCAGCGUGUUGCAGAGUUCUUCGGUAAAUCACUGACAAACGAGCAAUUAAAUGAAUUGUCCGAACAUUUGACAUUUGACAAUUUCAAGAAGAACAAGGCAGUCAAUCUCGAAGAAAUGAGUGAAAAGGGUAUAUUUACAAAAGAUGGCGCUUUUAUAAGACAAGGUAAGUCCGGGACUUGGCGAGACCACUUCGAUGCUGAAAUGACUUUAGAAGCGGAUCGUUGGAUCAGCGAAAACCUACAAAACACGGACCUGCGCUUUCCUAGUAUGAAUAAUUGAAGAUACACAUCUAAACUGCUGUUAUAUUUAGAUACGUACUUACGUAUCUCCACGAUUCAAAUGGAUUAGAUCAUCUCAUGAUUUACUGAGCGCUGUAGGGGUUAUUUUAUAAAAUAUUUUGACUAGGCAAAUAACGUACUUAUUAAAAUUUAUUAAAGAAAAUCUGACUGAAAUUUUCGAAAUAAAUACUUAAAAACUUU